AUGUUUACUACGGGCAACAACUCAUCUUCAGCUUCAUAUGACUACAAUUAUGAUUUCGAUCACAAAGACUGUUCACACACUCAGUUGAUUUACAAUAUAACAAAUUGUACCGAUAAAUCAGAAUGUACUCCUUCCUAUUGUCGCGAGGUUUUUCGAGUAGAUGCACGAGAUAAUUUAUAUUGGUACAAUACUGCUCUUAAAGCUGUUCCUCCUAGAAAAUUUACGCAACAACCUCCUUCUCCUCAAACUUUAUCGCCUCCACCUACUCCUAAAUUCCCUCAAACUUUAUCUCCACCCACUCCAAAAUCCCCUCAAACUUUAUCUCCACCCACUCCAAAAUCUUCUCGUUCUUUAUCUCCAAUUCGUACUCCUAAAUCUUCUAAAUUCCCACCAUUGGAGUCUCCAAAUCCAAUGACAUUAUGGUCUAUCGAGUUUG